AUGAACGGCAUCAAACGGUCAUGGAAGGACGUGGACGACACCGACGCUGCCGCCGCCAUGGGCUCUUCGUUUACAGCGACGCUCGGGAGGCCCAGCCUUGAUGACAGUUCCGUCACCAUCACGACAGACGGCACACGACUCGACGACAAGGCAUCUGCUGCAUCGCGCCAAAAGAGUUGCAAUGCCUGCGUGAGAGGCAAGAGACGCUGCGACAAGCGUACUCCCCGAAAUUGCCCCCCUCGGCCGGUCUCACCACUCCCUUGCCCUUCCUCUUCCGCCACAGAGUCCGCAAGGCCGCCGGGCUCCGUGCCAAGCUCACGUCCCAUCUCCGCAGGCACCGCAGGCACCGCGGGCACCGCUUCUGUCCCUACUUGUGCUGGAGUUCCUGCCGUCUCCUCAUCUUCUGCUGCCAGCACCGCCUCUGGCGUCUCAGACGUGCCCGACUUUGAUAUGAGCUUUGACAUGGACAGCCUGGGCACCGACACCAGUCCCGAGAACCUUCAAGCCGAUGCUGGCGUCCCUCUGGGCGCUUCUGCUUAUGGCUCCGGAGGACUUGACUUUUCUAUUGUGGACUUGAUGGCCCAGACUGCCGGGCGUGAAGACGACAUUUGGAACCUGCAUUCCUUUGCGGAGACGACGACGGAUAAGCUGCACGUCCCGCCUGUGCCUUCCGGUCACAGCACCAUAGCACCUUUCCCCGUGCUUCAUCAGGACUUGCAACAGCGCCAGCCUAUCCGUGACCUGUCUCUCAUCAAGGACGUCGACACUGUCUGCAUGGAGAUUGAUCCGCUUUCUGUUCAUGACCCCAGCACCCGAAUAGGUUACACGGUGCGCUUCCUGACAAGUAUGCACAGCACUUUUGCGCAGACGAGAGCCUUGCCCUUUAUGCAUCCGCGUCUCUGGGUCGGUCAACUGCCCAAAGUUAUUCUUGCCGCGUUUUCAGCCUCAUCGGCAUAUGCGGCGUGCACUUCGUCGAACAAGGGAUGGACUGUUCGUCUACUGGUUGAUGUAGGACGAGAGAUCCACCGCGAGGGCGAGCGUGCCGUCUCCAGUGAGGAUAAGCUGUCGCGCGUACAGGCUCUGCUGAUUUUGAACUCGAUGAGAAUCUUUGACGGCGAUCUGGGGUUGCGGGCCGCCGCCGAGAGGGAAGUCCCCGUUCUGAUGUCGUGGCUGAAGGAGUUGAACAGCAUCAGGAAGAAUCUGGAGACGGACGAGACCCACGGUGGAGCAAACGCAUUUGUGCGAGAGAAGCCACCAAAGUCCUGGGAGCUGGACAUUCUUGGAGAGCUGCCGCCGCACAUUGAUAACCUCGUACGCCUUUCCGACGAUGACAUGUGGUGUGACGAUUUUAAUUUCACCGCCUCGCGCCACCUCUGGGACGCGCCCAACUCGGUCGAGUUCUACCGCGCGUGGCGGGAAAAGCCGCAGUUUCUCAUCCACAACAUGGGAUUUAAGGAUUUCUGGAUGUAUGCUCGACCGGAUGACUGCGACGAGUUUACGAGGCUUAUGCUCACCACACAAGUUGGUACUGAUGCCAUGGCGCAUUUUAUGAAUGGUGACGGUGCCAUACCAGUCAUUCCGGGACGUGCGCCUUGA